AUGAUCCCCAAGGACCACAAGGGACCAGCAGUGUCUGCCAUGGGAGACUUCUCUGAACCAGUGCCCCUGCUGGACCUGGGUAAGAAGCUGAGUGUGCCCCAGGAUCUGAUGAUAGAGGAACUAUCCCUCCGCAACAAUCGUGGGUCCCUCCUCUUCCAGAAGAGGCAGCGCCGCGUGCAGCGGUUCACCUUUGAGCUUCCGGACAGCCAGCGGGUGAGCCUAGCUGGAAGUGCCAGGAGGAAGGUACUUGGAACAGCAGAGCCAGGGAUGGUGAGUGUCGCCAAUGGCCCUGAGGAGCGUAACUACCACUCAGAGCUGCACAUCUACCCCGCCUCGCCAGGAGCCCCGGAAGAUGCCCACAGCACAGCCACCCCAGCCGAGAGCAUCCGCAGCCCCAGUGCCCUGGCUCCAGGCUACGCUGAGCCCCUGAAGGGUGUCCCUCCGGAGAAGUUCAACCAUACCGCCAUCCCCAAGGGCUACCACUGCCCUUGGGAGGAGUUCAUCAGCUACCAAGACUACCGGAGUGACGGCCUGGGUCUGGCCCCCAGCCCCACCAGCUACCGUAACUUCAACAAGACCCCUGUGCCAUUUGGAGGACCCCUGGUGGGGGAGGCCAUCCCCAGGGCAGGCACCCCUUUCAUUCCAGAGCCCUUCAAUGGCUUGGAGCUUCUCCGCCUCAGACCCAGCUUCAACCGAGUGGCUCAGGGUUGGGUGCGCAACCUCCCGGAGUCCGAGGAGCUGUAG